GUUGUGCCAGCGGGCGGCGGCUUUAUCACCUGCCUGUUUACGGAGGACCCGUGACAGCAUCGCUUGCCUCCUGGCCUUGGGAAGUCGAAAGACUUUCUGCGAGAAGCAAGAAGCCUAUUUUCAGGAACGCUGCCGGCCGGCCGGCAAAACCAACCGUCCGAGAAUGGCCGCCCCCGCCCCCGCCGCCGGGAGCAACCUCCACAGCAAGACCCUCCUCAAGAGCGAGCAGCUCUACCAGUACAUACUGGAGUCCACGGUGUUCCCGCGCGAGCCCGACUGCCUCCGGGAGCUGCGCGUCGCCACCGCGGCCCACCCCAUGUACGGGGCUCGCAUGGCGGCGUCGCCGGACCAGGUGCAGCUGUUCGGCCUGCUGAUCGAGAUGCUCGGCGCCAGGAACGCCGUCGAGGUCGGCGUGUUCACCGGGUACUCGCUGCUGGCCACCGCCCUCGCCCUCCCCGACGACGGCAAGGUCGUGGCCAUCGACGUUACGCGCGAGAGCUACGACGAGAUAGGGGCGCCGGUGGUGGAGAAGGCCGGGAUGGCGCACAAGAUCGACUUCCGCGUCGGGCUCGCGCUGCCGGUGCUGGAUCAGCUCGUCGCCGAGGAUGGCAACCUGGGCAAGUUCGACUUCGCCUUCGUGGACGCGGACAAGGCCAACUUCCACCACUACCACGAGCGGCUGCUGCGGCUGGUCAGGGUCGGGGGGCUCAUCGCCUACGACAACACGCUAUGGGGCGGCUCCGUGGCCGCGCCGGACGACGAGGCGCUGUCGGAGCGCGACCGGGAGCUCGCGGGGAUCGCCAGGGGGUUCAACGCGGCGCUCACCGCCGACCGCCGUGUCCAGGUGUGCCAGCUCGCCAUCUCCGACGGGAUCAUGCUGUGCCGCCGCGUCGCGUGAUCGAUCGGCACGUGUGUGUGGUCGAUGUUGAUGUUGGUGCUCGGUUGGUGUCGAUCGGCACGUACUGGAUUGGUCUGAAUAAGAAUAAGCACCUCAGAUGUUGCAAUAGUGCUGAGCAUGAGCUGUGGAUAAUGGGUUAGGGUGGAAUAAACUGUAAAAAAACCACCAUAAUUGGGGAUUCUAAUUUAAAAAACCACCAUAAUUGGGGAUUCUAAUUUAAAAAACCACCAUCUUUGAUUUUCUUUUUCUUCAAAAA